AUAUUAGCAGAAUGAAAGUAUACCGCUUUGUUGCAGACUCGUCUUAAGUCUGUGGAAGAAGUAAAGAAUUGUCUUGUUAGGAUUUCCAAAAUGGGACAUAAAUUACUCGUCUUAUUUUUCACCUUAAUCUGUAUACCAGGUCUUUAUGCAAUGUUCCUGAAUGUAUCACAAAACCCUGUGGCUGUUGGGAGCAAUGUCACUAUAACUCCAUAUGACACUGGGAACAUUGCAGUUGGUCUCUGGUUGUUUGGGCCAAGUACAUUGUUCAUGUGGUACCCAGGGGGCUUCGAACAGGGACCUGGCCGCCAAAAUGGAACAGAACUUAACAUUUCUACAUAUCAGCUCACCAUAUCGUCAGUAACUCUGAAGAAUUCUGGCCUGUAUGUAUUAGAAGCAAUGUCACCCAUCAAAACCCGAGCAGUGAUUGCAUUAGAUGUUCAGGAACCUGUCAGCAAUGUAACUGCAUUUGUAAACACGACAAACCUGGUGGAGUAUAACGACACCGUGACGUUAACAUGCUCCGCCAGCGGAACGCCGUUGUGGUUCUCAUGGCUCAACGGAAGCUCUACAGUCACAGUGGGAGAAAGAGUUGAGCUCAGGAACAGUGGACGACAGCUCUUCAUCAAUAAUGUGUCACGAUACGACGAAGGAUCAUACAAGUGUCUUGUGGAAAACAACAUCAGCAAAGCACAGUCUAAUCAAAUUAAUCUAAACAUAAGCUAUGGGCCCAGUGACCUGGCAAUGACAGCCUUGCCAGAGAAACAGGCAUACAAGUCUGGUAUGGACAUUUCUCUGUCAUGCUCUGCUGACUCCAAACCGGCAGCUUCUUUCUACUGGAUGUACAACGGCAAUCGUCUGAAUGUCCCUGGUCCAAGUUAUAACCUUACAAAAACAACUCAGAGCAUGAGUGGAGAGUAUACCUGCGUUGCCCAAAAUGCAGUCACGCUGAGAUAUGCUGCAGAGAAAAAAUAUAUAAAAAUAGUUGAUCCAAUAUCAGCAGUGACAGUAAAUCCAGCAGGUUAUCCAGUAGAAGGCAAGGCUUUUAAUCUAAGCUGUAAUGUUGUGGGGCCAGUGGACUUCAUUCGUUGGAUGAAGAAUGACGCAUACCUGGAUGCCGAUGAUACGAUCACUUUCUUUAGCGGCAACUCAACCUUGAGCUUUUACAAUCUCGAUCUUAGUGAUGAUGGACUGUACCGGUGUGCUGCUAGUAAUCUUGUCAGCAACAUGACCAGCCAGGCCUACAAUCUCAUGGUCAACUAUGGCCCACAUAACACAACAGCCUCUGGUCCACAUAUAGCAGUAGUGGGAUCCAAUGUGUCCUUCAGCUGUUCCUCUGUCUCUCGCCCUGAAAGUCAAUACAGCUGGUACUUCAGUGGCGUAAAUGUGAAAAACGGUUCAACGUAUGUGACUGCACCUCUCUCAAAAAACGAUAGCGGACAGUACACCUGCAUGGCAUUUAAUGACAUUACAGGCAAAAGCAGCAGUGUCUCAGUGCCAUUAGCUGUAUAUGUUCCUGUCAGCAAUGUAAUGGUGAAUAGGAACAAUCAGCAACCAAUCGUCAAUCAGUCAUUCACACUAACCUGCACUGCCAGUGGAGAUGUUGAACACAUUUGGUGGAUGAAGAAUGGGACGAACCUGGACAGCAACAAUAGGAUCAAUUUCACCGAUAACCACUCAGUUUUGAACUUCAACACACUCACUCUAAGCGAUAAUGGACACUAUCAAUGUGUAGCUAGUAAUGCUGUCAACAACAUGACCAGUCAGGCCUAUGACCUCAAGGUCUUCUAUGGUCCAUGGGCCACAACCAUCUCUGGUCCACUUGUAGGAGCUGUAGGACGUAAUGUGACCUUCAGCUGUUCUGCUGACUCUCACCCACCAAGUCAAUACCGUUGGUUUUUCAACAGCACAAAGGUGGGAGAGGGUUCAGUGUUAACUACAGCUCUCUCACCAGAGAGUGGUGGACUCUACACAUGCAUGGCCUUCAAUGAAAUCACAGGCAGCAGCAGCAAUGUAUCACUGGAUUUAACUUUAUUAUAUCCAGUCACUCAUGUGCUUGUAAAUGCGGACAAUCAGCAACCAGUAUUCAAUCAGUCAUUCACUCUGACCUGCACUGCCAGUGGAAAUGUUGAACACAUUCAGUGGAUGAAGAACGGCAUGUACCUCCAUCCUCACGAUGGAAUGACUUUCUCCAAUGACAGCUCGACCUUGAGCUUCCACAGUCUUAAUCUCAAUCAUAACGGACAUUAUCAAUGUGAAGCAAGUAACGCUGUCAGCAACAUGACUAGCCCUGCCUAUGACGUGAUGGUCAACUAUGGUCCGUGGAACACGACAGUUCUUGGCCCAAGCAUUGCAGAGACGGGGUCCAAUGUGACUUUCAGAUGUAGUGCAGACUCACGUCCUCAUAGCCAAUAUACCUGGUUCUACAACAAUUCAAACGUGGGAGAUGGUCCAGUGUAUGUGAAAGCAGCUCUCUCAUUAAACAAUAGUGGACCCUACACCUGCAUGGCCUUCAAUAACGUCACAGGCAUCAGCAGAUAUGCAUCACUGGACUUAACUGUAAUUGAGGCCAUUGUGACAGUGGAAGUGAUCCCCGAUCGCAGUAUUCCUCUGGCUUCCCAAAGCCUGAAGCUCACCUGUAUUGUACAUGGAUCCUACAGCAGAAUCCAAUGGCUUCGAAACAACCAGAAUUUCCAGUCAUCAGACAAAGUUACAAUUUCAGCAGACAACACCACUGUGACCUUCAAAGCUUUGCAGACCGCUGACGACGGGAGUUACCGUUGCGUCGCUUCGAACGCAGUGAAGCAGCAUUUCAGCAAGCCAUACGAUCUUGCUGUCGUCUUUGGACCACAGAGUGUGCAGAUCAUUGUACACCCUGAGAUUCCCCCCGUCCUGACAUGUCUGGCUCUGUCUCAGCCACCAGCUGUGUAUCAUUGGAUCCUCGAAAACAACACAGUAGUUGGAAAUGAUUCUUCCAUAGCACUUCCCAUAAAGUCCAUCUUGGGCAGCAAUUACACCUGUGUGGCCAAAAACCCUUUGACCAAUGUGACAGUCUUCACCAGCCAUAUCAUCAACAACCCCAACGCUGCUGUCAGUGUCCAGGCGAGUGUCAUGUUCACGGCUCUCCUCGUUCUGCUGAUCCCUGUGCUGGAAGAAUGGCUCUAAUACUGAUAUUGUCAUGAAUGUGGCAUCAGUCUUUGAAGCCUGUAUGUGGACUGAAUGAGGCUUGUGGGUAAAUUUAUCACUUAAAAACAGCAAGGAAAAAAAUACAUCAGAUUAGCUGAACUGCUUCUUAAUUCAUUUCAAACAUUAUUCAAAGACUGUUACCGUUAUUAAUGGAACACUGGCAAGUACAAAAAAAAAAAAAAAGAUUUCAAUUUAAUAGUCAUACGUUUUUAUUAAUCAUACUACAUUAUUUAUCUAUAUAUUUAUUUUCUAAAAAAACACUAUAUUUGGUACAUUUAUUACGAUCAUUAAUUGGUCAGUAAUUUGGACAUGAAUGCUAUACUCUUAAUUACAUCUGCCGAAACUGAUAUCGGAUUGUUUUGGAUUUGUAGCCGGAUUUGUAGCUCUGGUUUAGGUGUGACACAAAUCUCCAACUGGAAAAGCUAACAUGCACCAAACUAAUUACAUAUCCGAAUGACCAAUUAUCCAAAAUACCUUUCUGUUUGUUUCACAAAUGUCUUAUAUCUCACAAUCACAAAAUCAUUUCAUUUCUUAUAAAAAUAUUUCUGUGUGAUUAUUUCCAAAUUAUGUAUUUUGGAAUUAUUUAAAAGAUCAAAAAAAUUAAAUAUACGUAUGUUUUAUUUAUAAAACAAUAAAAGCAAUUUACUCAAAUCA